AUCUGUCGCUCACCGGAGGCUUUAAACGUGCUCCGAAUCUCUUUUCUUCCCUCAAUAGAUUCCAAUCAAUUUCUCCUCCAAUUCCGCGAUCAAAUUCUCGGCGAACUGGUGUUUCUUCUUCUCCUGGAAGAGUUUGAUUCUUUCUGUUGGAUGAUUUCUCAGUGAAAAGAGGUAUUUCUUCGGCGCCGGACAUGGAAUCAUCGGUAUCAUCACGCGGCGGAGACACCGUCGUAAAACCGUCGAUGGAGGUGUGGCAUUUCCAGAUUGCUGUCUAUUUCGCUUUCGGAUUCUUCUUCUUGAGGCUUUUCCUCGAUAGAUUCGUCUUUCAAAGGAUAGCUGUUUGGCUUUUGAGUACCGGUUCUUCUCCGAUUAAAAUGAAUGAUGCUACUACUCGGGCAAAAAUCGUCAAAUGCAAGGAGUCUUUGUGGAAAUUGUUGUAUUAUGCUGGUUGUGACUUUUUUGUUCUUCAAGUCGUUUAUCACGAGCCGUGGGCUAGAGAUAUCAAACUCUACUUCGACGGUUGGCCAAAUCAAGAGUUGAAGCUUUCAAUAAAGCUUUACUAUAUGUGCCAGUGCGGUUUUUAUAUCUAUGGUGUGGCUGCGUUGCUUGCAUGGGAGACAAGAAGAAAGGAUUUUGCUGUCAUGAUGUCUCACCAUGUAAUUACAAUCAUCCUGCUUAGCUACUCCUACUUAACCAGUUUUUUCCGGAUUGGAGCAAUCAUCCUAGCCCUUCAUGAUGCAAGUGACGUGUUUAUGGAAACUGCUAAAAUUUUCAAGUACUCUGAAAAAGAAUUUGGAGCAAGUGUAUGCUUUGCACUAUUUGCUCUCUCCUGGCUAUUGCUACGGUUGAUAUACUUCCCAUUUUGGAUCAUCUGGGCCACGAGCAUUGAACUCCUGGACUAUUUGGAUAUGACAUCAGCUGAAGGCACGAUCAUGUACUAUUCUUUCAACACAAUGUUACUUAUGCUUCUCGUUUUCCACAUAUAUUGGUGGUAUCUCAUAUGUGCCAUGAUUGUAAGACUACUUAAAAACAGAGGAAAAGUUGGAGAAGACAUAAGAUCCGAUUCAGAGGAUGAUGAUUACUUCUCGAUGCCGCACUGUUUUACCUUCAAGCCAGCUUCUCCGGAGGCCUCUCUCGCCGACGACCCUCUUCCCCAUCCUUCUCCAGAGGGUAGUGUGGCCUCCACUUUUAACAUCAGCCUCGAGUUGGCUCACGCUUUUCAAACCCCUUCCUACCAUGAUAUACGUUCACGGCUUCUUGCUAUUGACCCAACACAAGAAAAUCUCGAGCUGUUUCUCUCUCAAGAGCUCAAACCAAAGAAUGAAUGCGUUCAGGAAGCUCUUAGUCUUAGACACGCCAAGCAAACUACACUUACCAAUCUUGUCUCCACUUACUUCCAACACAGCGAAGACGCUACCCGCUUUUGCUUGAAUCUUUACCAAAACGUCCACAGUGCUCGCUGCCACCUCUACACACCCCUCUUAGACCUCUUCAAAAUCUUUCCCCGUGAUUCCCAUUCCGCCAUUGACGAGUCCUUCUGUAAUUUAGCAUUCGAUGUUUUCCUUAAGCUUGACACGUUUGAAAACCCUUUCGCAUCUCCUGAAUCUCACAGCUUUCAAGACACCCAAUUAUGCUUUUAUCAGCUGGCUGACAAGCUGGACACCCGUAUCCGUAAGUCUAAGUCACGGGUCCGCCUCCUCCAUCAUGCCACAGCUGGUUCUGCCUUGUGUCUUGUUACUGCUGUUGUUGCAGUUGCUGCUUCUGCGGCUUUUAUCGCCUAUCAUGCACUUCCGACUCUUCUUGUUGUUGCAGGUCCCUUGUGCACUCCCUACCUCCCUCACAGUUUCAAGAAGAAGGAGUUAUCUAACAUUUCUCAGCUAAAUGUUGCUGCCAAGGGUACUUUUGCGCUCAACAAAGAUCUUGACACCAUUGACCGUCUUGUCUCCCGUUUGCACACAGGGAUAAAAAACGACAAGAUUCUCAUUCGGCUUGGAUUGGAGAGGGGGAGGGACGUGUAUUCAGUUCAGGAGUUUGUGAAACAGCUUCGCAAGAGCCACGUUAACCACACCCAUCAACUCGAGGUUCUUGAGGAUCAUAUUUGUCGUUGGUUCACUAACGUUAACAAAUCCAGAUCGUUGCUCCUUAAAGAGAUCCUUCGUCCCCAAACGUAAGCUCCUCAACCUUUUUGUAUCAGUGGUUUUUUGAGCUUAUCCGAGAGGACAACAGGACCGGGUCAAUGUAUACAGGGACGUUGUAGGUCUGUAGCUGGGAAUAAAGACUUUAUAUAAUC